AGUGAAGCGGGAAGUGGUUCCCAUUAACACAUUUAUGAAAAUGGACUGUUUUUUUUAAGAUAAAAGUAAAAGGUGUUACAGAGCCAGAAUAGUGAAAGUACCAUUAUCUCAGAAAUAUGAGAUGCUAAUAUAAUUGAACAACUGCUUGAUUUGAAGACUGAAUGGGAUGUGACAUCGUGUAGAUCAUGUGUGACCCGACGUUUUGGAGGAACGUAUCGCAUCCAUCUUCAGGGUAGUCACUGCCGCGAAAUCUUCAAAUCUUAAAUCAGUUCAUAUCAAUUGCAUAAUGGAGGACAUUGAUGCCGUGUGUAGUGAUAACAGUGACCACGAGAUAAAUGAAGUACAGCAUUCCAGUUUGUUAGAUGCUGUGUCUCAACUUGAUAUUAAACAACGGGUUAAACCUCCAAGUCGUAAAGAAUCAAGUUUCCAAGUGUCUGAGUUCCAUCUAGGGAAGAAUGAUGCCAACAGACAUGCAGUUCUUAUAAGAAAUUUGACAAAGUCACUAGGCCAGCAAGGUAGCCAUGCUGUAAUCACCAAACAGUUGCGUUCCAUUCAUCGCAAAGCAAAGACGCUCCCACGUCCGUUAGAGAAACCUGUUGCUGCAAGGAUUCAACGUUCAGUUGGAUUUCGGAAUGCAAAAAUUCAACUGGGUCGAUGGGACGCUGUUGUGUACAGCAAUCGAGUUGCAGAUCAACUUUCUUUCCCGUUGAAACAGUCCACAGUUAGUUUUCAAACAACAAAUGAUUUUAUUUCAAAGUUAAAGUCGCAAACAAGGACUCCUCUGGAACAGCAAAUGGAUGAAAUCUUAAACAACAGCCCAGCUGUACAGGAAGAAAGAAAGGAAGAAGAAGAGUAUCAGUUAAGUUUAGCUGAGAUGCGAGAGCGUCGCAGAGAGAUGGCCAAAUUGCGUGCACAGCAGUCCUAUAUGGCCUCAAAGGCUAGCAGGCAGAAAAAGAUCAAGAGCAAGAAGUAUCAUCGAAUUCUGCGGCGUGAACGUAUUCGACAGCAGUUGAAAGAUUUUGAAGUCCUUCAGAAGACAGAUCCUGAAGCUGCAUUGCAGCAGCUUGAGCAGCUGGAACGGACACGUGCGGAAGAACGAAUGUCUCUCCGACAUCGCAGUACAGGGCAGUGGGCAAGAAAUAAGGCUGUGAGAGCAAAGUAUGAUGAAGAGAGCCGCCAGGAAUUGGCACAGCAACUUGCAGUAAGUCGGGAGUUAACACAGAAAAUUCAGGUUGAGAGCAGCAGUGAUGAAGAAGUGGAAGAAGAAAAUUGUGAGAACAGAAUACCAACUAACAAUGAUAAUCCUUGGAUUGCACCAAAAACAACUUCAGAGGUGGAUGAAUUUGUCAGUGAGUAUCGCAAAUACUGGGAAGAGCAUAACAAGAAGUCUUCAGUAGAAACUAGCAGUACUAAUGAAAUUGCAGCCCAUAACAAAGUGGAAGAUGUGAGAGAAGUAGGAAGUGACGUAAGGAAAGGACACACACAGAAUCAUGAAACAGCACCAGGAGAUAAAAAUAUCAAAGAGGAAGAUCUCAUGGGAAGCUGCAGUUUAGAAUCUGUAAAUACAACAGAUAAAAAUAAUGAAGAUAUUUGUAUAGAUACUGACAUUCCUGUAAAGGAAGGACAAAAGUGUACUGAUGCAGUUUAUAAUAGUACUGAGACACCAGCUGCACAGCACAGUACUUUUGAAGAGGUAAGCAGUACUGAGGGUCAGUCAGAAAGGAAACCCAAUGAAGAAAAUGAUACAGCUGAAUGGAUAAAUAAUAGUACUGAAAUUCUGAGUAAGGAAGAAAGAUUAUCACCAAAAAAACUAAAGAGUACUGGAGAAGAGCUAAAUAGCAAUACUUUGGUGCAUCCACAGAUGAAAAAUGUGUCACCAAGUAAGCCAAAGAGUAUGGCAGAACAGGAAGAUGAUGGUACUAAAAUUAUUCCGAAAUGGAUAUCACUGAAUAAACAUAAACAAGUAAAUAUUAGUUCUGGGGUGCACCAAAAAAGAAAUAUAUCACCAAACAAACAAGAAAAUAUAACAGAAGAGGUAAAUAAUAAUAUUAUGAUUCAGUUGAAGAGGAAGAAAUUAUCAGAGAAGAAACCGAAUGCUACAGCCGAACAAGUAAAUAGUAAGAAGAAGAAAACCAAAUCUAGUUUUAAUACAGAUGGUGACAAAUUUGAGCCCUUGGAGUGUCACUCAACAUUAAUUGCAACAACAAAUUCAUGGGUUGUGACACCAAUAGUUCCAGAAAUGGGUAAAAUGGUGGACUAUAAUAUAUCAGAAGGAAAAAGCAAUAAACAGAAUAAAAGAAACAGUACUGACAAGAGUACAAAAAAGAAGGAAGUAAAGAUAGGCAAAUUGUUUGAUGAUAUGCAAGAAAAACUGAAGGAGAAAGUGGAUAAGAAGUUGAAGAAACUGAAAUCAGAGAUGAAUAUUAAAGAUAAAGACAAGGCUGAAGACACAAAUACAGAAUCAGAUAAUGAAGGUCCUUCAUUGAAGUUGAAACAGGUGAAUGUUCAAGCAAAUAUGGAUGAAGAAUUAGUUGAACAACCUCAUGAUGGGCUACAGGAAACUGAAUCUUCAAACAUGAACCUGAACAAGAUAGUAGCUGAGUCGAGAUUAGAGGAAGAACAGCAGGAACCUCCAGCAGACAAUAUUGAUCCCAACAAGUUCAUCGCAAUGAAACCCAAACACUUGCAGACAGAGCUCCCAGACAUAGUUACUGGAGGUGAUGAGGCUAUUGAUGACAAUGAAGAUGACAGUACAGAAAGGCAGAUGACUAUCACUGAAGCAUUUGCUGAAGAUGAUGUAGUUGCAGAGUUCAGGAAGGAGAAGGAGGAGGUGACAGAUAAAUCGCAACCAAAGAGUAUUGAUUUGUCUUUGCCUGGCUGGGGAGAGUGGGGUGGAAAGAACCUGCCUGUGUCUUCAAGGAAGAAACGCCGUUUCAUAAUUAAGUUCCCUGCAGUAGCACCAAGGAAGGAUACCAACAAAGGAAAUGUUAUCAUUAAUGAAGAAAAGAAUAAUAAAGUGGUGUCUCAUCAGGUAAGUGAAUUACCAUUUCCUUUUACAAGUGUGAAGGACUUUGAAGCCAGUAUCCGUGCUCCCAUUGGUAACACCUGGAUUCCAGAAACUGCACAUCGUAAACUAACAAAGCCCUCAGUUAUAACAAAACUGGGAACAAUUAUUAAACCAAUGGAUGAAGAUAUGUUGGUGAACAAGGAAAAGAAAGUUAAAGGAAUGCCAUAAUAUUAUGUACUUAUGAUGGUGUGAAAUAGUAUAUUAAUAAUAAUAAUAUUAUUACCAGAAUACUUUUCCAUAAUUUUUUACCCUAAUAUACAGAGAAUGUGAUCAUUUGGUUUUACUGUUGACGAGAUGAUUCUGACAACUCAAAGCAUAAUCGUAACAUAGUAGUAAAGGGAUCAGCAGAG